CGCUCGGCCCAUGGCCGCGCGGUUAAUAAUAACAUUCAACGUGUCCCAAAAACACUUUCGGUCUCAUGACAAUUACGUCAUCGCGUACACACCCCCAAUUCGCCACCCCUAGAAGAGAAUACAAGAGAAUACAGGGGAAUGUUGGAAAGUAAAAGAGAAUACAGGGAAAUACGGAAGAAAGCAUGAGAAUAUGGGAGAGCACAGAAAAAUACAGGGAAUGUAGGGAGGUAGAGAAGAAUAGGGAAUAGUACCCUGGGUACUAGAGAUUUUUUUCUCGUGCGCGGCGGACGGAAAUACUUCGCUUCGCUUCGGCAGCCACGAGUGGCGAACGAGGUUUUUCGCACGGGUCACAAUAGAGACAUGACCGACACCGGAAACUGCGCAAGAAAAACCUCUGGCAAAAAAAAAAAGAAAAAAGAAAAAAAAAAAACCUCUGGCACCCAGGGCAAGGGAAUAGGGACAAAAAGAUGAAAUAUAAGGAAUAGGCCACUUUCGAUAUAUGAAAAUUCAGCUUGAUGGUGAGGCCUAGUGAGACACACUCAAGAGAAAUGAAUGAACAUGGUCAUUCGAUUUCCUUUGUUUAUGUCUGGUUUGUGUCCUCUAAGCCUCUGUCUAUUCUAAAUACACUGUAAUAUUGGAUACAUGAAAUGCUUACGUCAUUUAUUAACAACCGCUGCACUUGAACAUUGUAUACUCGAAUCCUGGAAAAUCCAGGAUCAAGGAACAAACAACCACCUGGAAAAGUGAACAGAAGUAUGAGUGAACGAGCUGAGGGAAAUGAGUGUAUGGACUCCUUUGGAAAACAGUAUGGAUAUGCUGGACAAAUUGAUGAAAUCAGAACGCAGGAGUUUAAAAGGCUUGAAGAUAUCACCUACCUGGAUCAUAUUGGAACAACUCAGUAUCCAGAGAGUGUUAUAAGAAGCGUUUACAAUGACUUAACCAGUAAUGUCUAUGGGAAUCCACACAGCAGGAACCCUAGCAGUCAGUUGUCUAGUGAUAUUCUGGAGCAGGUUCGCAGCAGAAUUUUAAAGCACUUUAAUACCUCCUGUGAAAAGCACACUGUGAUUUUUACUGCUGGUGCUACUGCUGCUUUAAAACUAUUGGCAGAGAGCUUUGAUUGGCAGGCAGCAUUCAGCAAGGAAAGCUCUCGCAGAAGUCGUUUCUGUUAUCUUCACGAGAAUCAUACAUCAGUGGUUGGUAUCAGGGAAAGAGCAGCUUUAAGUGGAGCACAAGUUAUCUGUAUCACUGAGAAAGACUUGUUGGAGCAACUCCAGUUCACAAGUGGAGGGACAAAGGAUCAUUUACAUUUGAAACAAGUCGAUUCUUUGGGCAAUGGAGAUGAAACUGAUGAUUUCUUUGUGAAAGAAUAUGUCAACUGUUGCCACAACUUAUUUGCCUUUCCUGCAAUGUGUAAUUUCUCAGGGAGAAAGUACCCUUUAGAAUGGGUUUCCCAAACUCAACAACGAUCUCUAUUCAGUAGCAGUUGUCUGUGUCAUUGGUUUGUUGUUCUUGAUGCAUCCUCAUUUGUUAGCACUUCUCCCUUGGACUUAAAUUCUUGUACUGCCGAUUUUGUUCCCAUUUCCUUUUACAAGAUGUUUGGUUUUCCAACUGGUUUGGGUGCUCUUAUUGUUAGGAACAGUAGCUCAUACAUUCUACGUAAUUGUUACUACGGCGGAGGAACUGUGCAGGCUACAAUUUCUGGUGAAAGAUUUCAUAUCAUGAAGAAAAACCUUGCUGAAAGGUGUGUGAACUUGUUUUGCACUUAAGUUUAUUAAUAGUAAGACUUACACAAGAGCUAUAAGACAGUGAGUGAAGAGCAUUCAAAAGCAGCCAUCAUAAGCUGCACUUUGAAGGGAGCCUGUCAGUGGUCUGAUGUAAGUCUUUUAGGGAAUUUAAUUGCCAGUACUGUGUUAGUGAUCUGUUAGUAGUCUGUUAUUGAUAUGUCAGUUGUCUGUCAGUUGUCUGUCAGUGAUCUGUCAGUAGUCUGUUACUGAUCUGUCAGUAGUCUGUUAGUGAUCUCUCAGUAGUCUGUUGGUGAUCUGUUAGUACUCUAUCAGUGAUCUGUCAUUAGUCUGUUAGUGAUAUGUUAGUAGUCUGUUAUUGAUAUUUCAGUUGUCUUUCAGUGAUAUGUCAGUAGUCUGUUAGUGAUCUGUCAGCAGUCUGUUAGUGAUCUGUUAGAAGUCUGUUAGUGAUCUGUCAGUAGUCUGUUAGUGAUAUGUCAGAAGUCUAUUAGUGAUAGACCUGUCAGUAGUCUGUUAGUGAUCUGUUAGUGAUCUGUCAGUAGUCUGUUAGUGAUCUGUCAGUAGUCUGUUAGUGAUCUGUCAGU